AUGGCGCCAUCGUAUUUUAUGGCUGAUUAUUCCAACGGAGAGGAAGCUGUGACGUUUCUUCUUUGUCAACGUAGGGAUCCCAAAAUUGGUGAAGCUGUGCACUCCAGCAUAACAUUUAGGCAUGCCCUGUUCACUGUUUGUUGCGACAAUGCUAUCUAUGUGGAGCCAAGUAAAAUAUUUACCGCUCCAAGCACUCCAAGGACCGAACGAAAACAGCCGAGGAUGGGCGGUCUUGAGACGUCCGAGAAGUCCGCCUUCUCGCCGUAUUCGUCGCCACAACAGCACUUAUCCUAUGGUGAGUGA